CAUGCACCCCGCACCGCGCCGCGGAGCAUCCCUGGAGGCGGCACCGAGCCCGCGGGACCCCGGCAGGCAGUUAACUAAGUCAGCUUACAUGAUGAUUGAAGAUAACAAAGAGAAUGAAGACCAUGCAUCUGAAAGAGGAAGGACAGCCAUUAUUUUUUCCUUGAAGAAUGAAGUUGGAGGACUUGUAAAAGCAUUAAAGCUCUUUCAGGAGAAGCAUGUAAAUCUGGUACACAUUGAGUCACGGAAAUCCAAGAGACGAAAUUCUGAGUUCGAGAUCUUCGUGGACUGUGACAGUAACAGGGAACAACUGAAUGAGAUCUUCCAGCUCCUGACAUCCCAUGUCAACAUUGUCUCUGUGAGCCCAACAGAGCAUUUCAGUGUCCAGGCAGAUGACAUGGAAAAUGUUCCCUGGUUUCCAAAGAAGAUCUCAGAUUUGGAUAAGUGUGCAAACCGGGUGCUGAUGUACGGGUCUGACUUGGAUGCUGACCAUCCUGGUUUCAAAGACAAUGUUUACCGCAAGAGGCGAAAGUAUUUUGCAGACCUGGCUAUGAACUACAAACAUGGUGACCCAAUUCCCAAGAUUGAAUUCACUGAGGAGGAGAUCAAGACUUGGGGGACUGUGUACCGAGAGCUUAACAGUCUUUACCCAACUUAUGCCUGCAGAGAGUACCUUAAGAACCUACCCUUGCUCACCAAACACUGUGGCUACAGGGAAGACAAUAUCCCCCAGCUGGAAGAUGUGUCUCGCUUCCUGAAAGAGCGCACAGGCUUCACCAUCCGCCCCGUUGCUGGAUAUCUGUCGCCCAGAGACUUCUUGGCAGGAUUAGCAUUCCGAGUUUUUCACUGCACUCAAUAUGUCAGACACAGCUCGGACCCUCUCUAUACACCAGAGCCUGAUACCUGCCAUGAGCUCCUGGGCCAUGUCCCUCUUUUGGCUGAACCUAGUUUUGCUCAGUUCUCCCAGGAAAUUGGUCUUGCAUCACUUGGGGCAUCAGAUGAAGCUAUCCAGAAACUGGCAACAUGCUACUUCUUCACGGUAGAGUUUGGCUUGUGCAAGCAAGAGGGACAGCUACGAGUUUAUGGGGCUGGCUUGCUCUCUUCCAUCAGUGAGCUCAAGCACUCACUCUCAGACAGCGCCAAAGUCAAGCCUUUCGAUCCAAAGGUCACCUGCAAGCAAGAAUGUAUCAUUACAACCUUCCAGGAGGUUUACUUCGUUUCUGAAAGUUUUGAAGAAGCAAAGGAAAAGAUGAGAGAGUUUGCCAAAACAAUCAAGCGCCCCUUUGGGGUGAAGUACAACCCCUACACUCAGAGUGUGCAGAUCCUGAAGGACACGAAAAGCAUUGCCAGCGUGGUGAACGAGCUGCGCCAUGAGCUGGACAUUGUCAGCGAUGCCCUCAGCAAGAUGGGCAAGCAGCUGGAAGUUUAACACCCUGUCAGCACUGUGGUGCAAGCCAAUGCUUCCCUCUUCCCCACUGAUUUCUUUCUAGGCAUAUAAUGUGUUGCAUGCAGAACCCACUCCUUUACACGUGGAAGAGUGAACAGCCCAUAAGAAUAUAACAAUUUCAUCUUGCUGCUCUCUGUAAAUUACCUUACAUAAAUAUGUUCCUCCAUCCCCCUUAGGUAAAAAAGGUCCAGAGUUGCCUUUUAGAAAUUUGUAGGGGAGUAGAGACAUUGUUAGACUGGAGAAAAAGUAUGGUCUGUGGAUCAGGGCUGGGGUCAGAUGCUGCAGGAGGUGGCUCAUGAGGCAAAAAUGGAGUGAUUCACCCCAGGGAGAAUUCCAUUUCUGACAUUGAUUGUAUAGUGUAGAAGCUGUGGUAAUUCAGUGUUUCUAAGUCUGUGCUACUAAGUGUGAAACUUGAAUGAUUACAAUGCAGGCAUCAGGACACAAAUAGCUGGAGGUUCAACAUGAUAAAAGGGAAAGGUCAAAUCUUGCUUUCAAAGGGAUUAUUCUUGCCACAAAGAGUUGCAAAUGUGCUGUUUGGGAUGCUUCUAGUACAAGGCAGAGAUACAGCUGUUGCAUGAAGUCCUGAUUACAUUUAUUUUAAGCUAUUUGCUAUUGGCUAAGAGCCAAGAUUUAUUGCUGUCCUUAAUAUUGCACCUGAGGGAAGAUCUUUCCUUACAGAGAUAUCAUUUGUCUUUUUCCUGAUUUAAUUAUUUUAGCAAAAAAUACAGCAAGACAUUGACUUAGCAUAAAGCCUAAAACCAUUUCCACACUGCAACUUCAUAUUCAAAAUAGCUUAAUUUGUUUUAAAAUAACAUCAAAGUUUAAAGUAACACCUAAAGCUCAUAGACCAAUGUGCUUUAUGUAAAAAUAAAUAUCCUGUUGAUUGCUCAGUCACUUUUUUGACCUGCACAAGCUGUACACAUAUAUGUUUAGUUUCUUUUUUACCUGACCACCUUCAUUCCCUAUCAAUCAAACUAUAGCUGACAGGCCCAAUCAUUUCAUAGGAAUUCUGUGGCUCUGAAGGCAACAAACUACCUUGUUGUGUAAAGUAUAGCUGAUUCCAAAGAGCACUCUAGAAGUGUUGGGAAGCAGUGUCCUGCUGAUUGUCUACAUUGCACAGUAGCAAACUUGCCUGUGUUGAGGGUCCCACAGUCCCAAAAACCCUGCAGAGCUGUGCAAAGCUUCUGCUGCCCCUGACAUGGACAUGUGUGCAGGAUGUGAGACAUCUCAUGGGGGAUCUCUGAUGUGUAGGGUGUAUUUAACAGCACCCUAGGCACUGGUUUUUUUCAUAUGUAAAUCUUAUCAGGAAAUCCUGGAAGAAUGGUCUGAAAUCUUAAGUACACUGGAGAUGCUAGUCCAGGAUCUUGAGAACUUGAAAGGAUUUUCAUGAAACCUCUGUGCUUGAAAAUUAUCUUGAGUUUCAUAUGCUUUCUAGUAGGACACCUCUGUUCCAUAAGCAAUUGUUAGUCCAACCUUUCCAAGAAUAUUCACUGAUUAAAUCAAGACUAGAUCGUUUUUUCUGUGGCUAUUAACCCAUUAUAACUUUAUUUUAAAGAGCUUUAAGAUGUAAAACUAUGCUACAACAUUUAUGGCUUACAUUACACUUUAUUUAAAAAUAGAUAUUAGGAACUUUGUCUUUCUAAAGAAGAUACCUUUCUUCUAAGUGAGUAGUAAGGGAGGAUCUGUUUUGUCAGCUUCUGUGAUAACAGUUAAUAUUCAGCUUUAACAACAUUUAUACAGCUUUAACAACAUUGGAGUUUUGAUGUUGUUGAAAUAUACAUAGGUCUGUGUUACUUCAAGCCUUGUCUGAACUAUGUAUAAAUUUCAAGUAGAAGUUCUUAAAUUAGCACCUACUUACAAAUACUUUGUAAAAACAGCAGUCGUAUCUUUAUUUGCAUUUGUGUAGCAAGAGAGAAAGUAAAGUGCUAGGAGUAAUACCGAGAAGAUGCACUUCCACAGUACUAACAACGUGUAUGUUUGGCUUCACGCCCCCCAAACCUUCUGUAGAACGGUGAUAAUUUAAGUACUUUAAACCAUUGUGGAGGCUUAAAUGUCAACGAAAUAAAGGAGUUGCUGGUAAUUAUCAGAAUCACCAAAGCCCUUUACUUCGGCACCGUAGCAAUAAACA